AUGUGGCACCGGCUAUUCCCGUUGCUGCUGCUCUCCUCUGCCUCGGUGCCCACCUCCACUGCAGCCCCGAUCCGCGAUGGUGACGUCCAGGAGAGCUCCUCAGGUUUUCUAGGUCUUCAGAGUCUACUUCAAGGCUUCACACGGCUUUUCCUGAAGGAUGAUCUGCUGCGGGGCAUGGACAGCUUCUUCUCUGCCCCUAUGGACUUCCGGGGCCUUCCUAGGAACUACCACCAAGAAGAGAACCAGGAGCGCAGGCUGGGAAACAACACUCUCUCCAGCCACCUCCAGAUUGACAAGGUGACCAACAACAAGACAGGAGAGGUACUGAUCUCUGAAAAGGUGGUGGCAUCCAUUGAGCCAAGAGAGGGGAGUUUGGAGGGUGACUGGAAGGUUCCUAAGAUAGAGGAGAAAGAGGCCCUGGCGCCUGUCCUGAAGGCCGUGGACAGCUUCCACCCGGAACCCCAUCCGCGAGUGGCCUUCUGGAUCAUGAAGCUGCCACGGCGGAGGUCCCACCAGGAUACCCAGGAGGGCGGCCACUGGCUCAGUGAGAAGCGACACCGUCUACAGGCCAUCCGGGAUGGGCUCCGAGAGGGGACCCGCGAGGACGGACUCGAAGAGGGCACCCAGAGCGCCUCUUACUCCAAGCUACCCGCCCGCAAGACCCACUUCCUGUAUAUCCUCAGGCCGUCCCAGCAGUUGUAA